AUGUUCGUCCUUUCGGGUCUCACGACGAAAAUCGGAGGCAUUCAAACACGUAUGCUUACAUGUCAAAUGCUCAUCCGUACAGUAGAAGUGGUUCUCGACGCGAAAAUUUGUGCGAUCAAACACACGCGAAAGGAGAUGCUCAGCAAAGUGAUCACUGCGAAUAUAAUGAGAACCAAUAGAUUGGUCGCAAUCAAAAUAAUUGAUAAGAAUAAGGUUCCCGGCGAUUUUUUGAAGAAAUUUUUGCCACGAGAGAUCGCCAUAUGGCAAAGUGUCAAGCAUUAUAACAUCGUUGAACUGUAUGGAUUGUAUGAAUACGACAAUCGAGUGAUGCUUGUCAGCGAGUUCGGAAGUAUGGGAAAUCUUCUUUCGUAUGUGCAAAAUCAUGGCCCAACACCAAAUUCAACAGCAGUUUGUUGGGGAACACAGCUCUUAUUUGCGCUCAAUUAUUUGCAUGAGAGAAAAAUCGGGCAUCGGGAUGUCAAACUCGAGAAUGUGAUUAUAUUCAGUCCGCACACGGUAAAACUCGCCGAUUUCGGGUUUUCCAGAAUGAUGGCCAAUGAGCCGACGUCAACAACAUUUUGCGGCUCGAAAUCAUAUUCUGCUCCCGAGGUUUUGUCUGGAAUCGCCUAUUGUCCAUAUAAGGCGGAUAUGUGGUCAUUUGGAAUUGUUUUAUUCGUUAUGCUCACAAAUCGAAUGCCGUUCGCCGAAGACACCACUAAUGACGUUAUAAUUGAAAAACAAAAAAAUCGCCAAUACCGUUGGCCUACGUCUGUUCGAAUCGAGCAUGAUGCUCAGGUCACUGUCGACAACAUAAUGACGUUUUCGCCGGAGCUCCGCACCACUGCUCGACAGUGUUUCUCUCUUCCUUGGUUUUCAAAGUACUUGGCAGCGUUGCAGCAAGAGCGAUGA